CAUAGAUAUUGUUAUUGAUUGUCUGCCUAUCAUCGUUGAAUGCACUGCUGGUGUUUUAACAAGGUUCUACACGCCCAAUCGAACAGCCUGCGACUUUACGUCCAACAACUCGAAAUUCAACUGGGAUAUUGCCUUUCAAAGGGGCGAAAAUGGAGUGCAAGACACUUUUAGCACUGAUUUUUGUCAUUGUUGCCGGAGCGACAAGUGCCUACAAUACCGGCAAUGAAAUCAACGUAGAAUCGGAAUACCUUGGUUGCUAUAGAGACGAUAAAAUCCCCUAUGCUCCAGGAUAUAAUAACCAGAUGGACCGUGCUCUUACUUUCCCCGUCAAAAACUUUUUUGGACCCAAAUUUAACUGCGUCAAUGCCUGCGCUAAGUUUCACUUUCGUUAUGCUGGCCUUCAAAAUGGUUACCUCUGUUUCUGUGGCAACAGUUUCAACAAAUAUGGUCGCCUUGACGACAAGUUCUGCAACAUAAAGUGUAGAGGAUCUAAUCUGUACGCCAAGUUUCUCGGAAGAACUUUGAAGGGAGAGUUUUGGAAAGACUGUGGAGGACGAUGGGCUAAUUCUGUUUACUCUGGUAAGAACAAUUUUUUUACAACUCUGCCCUCGUUCAGCAGCAGUAAGGGGG